UAGAUUGGGCCGAGCCCACUAAAAAACAAAAUAAUACAAAGAAUAACAUUAAAUGCUAACAAAAUCUUAUGUACAAAUGAUAUGAAAUGGAAACAUCAUUCGAAGCCCAAAGGGAAUUAUUAUUAGAUUCUCCACCCCCACAGCAACAACAACAACAACAACCAGAAGAAGAAGAAGAUGAUGAUGAGGAGGAGGAACUGUGCUGCCUUCUUCCUCCCGGAUUCCGGUUUCACCCGACCGACGAAGAGAUCAUCCUGCACUACCUAAGACCCAAGGUCGCCGACAGUGAUUUCGUUGCCCGCGCCAUCGGAGAAGCCGAUCUUAAUAAAUGCGAACCCUGGGAUUUACCUAGGAAAUCAAAAAUGGGAGACAAGGAAUGGUGGUUCUUUUGCCGGAGAGACAGGAAGUACCCAACAGGAAUGAGGACAAACAGGGCGACGGAAUCGGGUUACUGGAAGGCCACCGGAAAAGACAAGGAGAUCUUUACGGGAAGGGGCAGUAGUAGUAAUUAUAACAACAAUAAUCUUGUUGGGAUGAAGAAGACCCUUGUUUUCUACAUGGGUAGAGCUCCCAAAGGACAGAAAUCUAACUGGAUCAUGCACGAGUUUAGACUUGAAGGCAGAUUCUCUUUCAACCACUCCUCCAAUACAUCAUCAUCAACUAGUAGGGAAGAUUGGGUGGUGUGCAGAGUGUUUCACAAGGUCACGGCAGCAGUUGCGGGAAUCCAAACGGAGAAUAAGAAUGGUCGGAUUGAUUCAUUUGUGGAUAACCUAAUUGUUCCUCAUACUCCUACCAAUUCAUCAACAACGACGACCUUGCCGCCGCCGCCUUUGACUGAUUAUGAGUAUUAUUAUUCACCUACUGUUCCAGCUGGCGCCGAACCCCCGACGACGGCGGCGGCGGCGGCGGCCCAAUAUGAUGUUCUGAAUAAUAAUAAUAAUAAUGCCCAUUACCACCAAGACUUGAAGCCCAUGGGCACGGGGUACCCUCCAAAAAUGCUACAAAAUUACCAUGCAUACCCUUAUGAUGAAUCGGACUUCAUUUUCCUGCAUCCUCCUCCUGAACAAGUCCCCGCCGAAAUAGAAACGCCGGCGAAGGAGAAGCUCGACGGCGGCGCCGGGAGCCGCCAGCGGCCGUCAUUUGAUGAGGACCCUUUGGAUAGCGGGGAUCAUCCUGCAGGAUAUCGUCAUAAUACUAAUAAUUAUGUGGCCAUGGAUGGGGGGGCUCUUGAUCAUUACUCUAUUUGGGACUACUGAUGAUCCAUAUGCAUGCAUAUACCAUCCACGUACAGUUUGUGCCCAACUUUGAAUUUAUUAGUCUAUCAUGCCGCAUCAUCACAAACGUACACUUUACAUGAUCCAUCUUAAUUUAGACACAUUGUAUGCUUUAAUUAAUCAUUAUCGUCAUUUGUGUACUAGCUAGCCAUAGGCAUCUAAUGGUGAUUUUUAGUAUUUACGUAUAACAUCAUGCUUGUAUGAAGUAGUAUUAGUAUGUGUAAUACUCCGAUCUGUUAUUAUGAGAAAUUUACUUAAAUAACACUAAAACAUAAUG